UUUUUUUUGUUGACGUCGUAGCGUGCAACGGACCUAUUCAUUCCGGCUAUUCGACGCAAUACGCACCUGCAGUACCACCUCCAGACCACUGGAGCUCCCCUCCUCCUCCUCUCUAACACGUGCGUUCUUUGAGUCGCAGCCGUCUACGCGAGUUCACGUGUAGUGCCGGAAUACAACAUGUCGGCGUUCAAGAGAAAACGUGGAAGACAGGCUCUUGCUGGUAAAAAAGCAAAGAAGGCGAAGAUUGUUGCAGAUGGGAGCGAAGCAGCAUUGGAGGCCGAACAACAGAAGAGUAAUGAAGCCACCAUUCCUCCCCCUGUUUCAUCGGGUAGGUGGACCAACAAGGAAAGAGUUCUCAUUUUCUCCUCAAGAGGCAUCAGCUUUAGAACAAGACACUUGAUGCAAGACCUGAGGACCUUGAUGCCUCACUCAAAAGGAGAUACCAAAAUGGACAGAAAGGACAAGUUGUUCAUCGUUAACGAGGUUUGUGAAAUAAAAAAUUGCAACAAAUGCCUCUUUUUUGAAGCCAAGAAGAAGCAGGACCUCUACAUGUGGAUUUCAAACAGCCCUCAUGGACCUUCCGCAAAGUUUCUGGUGCAAAAUAUUCACACACUGGCAGAACUCAAGAUGACAGGAAACUGCCUCAAAGGAUCCAGGCCGCUGCUCUCGUUUGAUCCUAAAUUUGACACAGAGCCCCACCUUGCUUUGCUGAAGGAGCUCUUUACCCAGACAUUUUCCACGCCACGCUACCACCCGAAGAGUCAGCCCUUCGUGGACCAUGUCUUCACAUUCUCCAUCGCAGACAACAGGAUAUGGUUCAGAAACUACCAGAUCAUGGAGGAGGAUGCCGCUCUAGUGGAGGUCGGCCCUCGCUUUGUUCUCAACCUCAUCAAGAUCUUUCAGGGGAGCUUUGGAGGGCCCACGCUUUUUGAGAACAAAGACUUCAAGUCUCCGAACAUGCACCGGCGAGAGAUCAGACUGUCUGCUGCGGCCCGAGUGCGUGAGAAUCAGAUGGUGAAGGAAAUGCAGAAAACAAAGAGGUCGGAAGCUAAGGUGGACUUGGUCACCGACGUCACAGCGGACGUCUUCAAGACGCCGGGUCAGGAGAAGGCUGUUCACAUCCAGACGGAGGCACCCCCACCAGUACUGAAGAAAAACAAACUUAAAGCUUUCAAACAAGAAAGGAGGGCGCGCAGGUAACUGGAUUGGCUCGAUUAGGCCAAUGAUUGGCUUACUGCUGAUAUAACUCAGUGUGCACAGCAGACGUAGUGUUACACCCGUGCAGUUGAGUCCCAAGUCUAUUUGAGCUUUGGUGGAUUAAAAAGACUUGAAACAGUGCAACAUAUUCUCACUUUUGGCAGAAAAUUUGAAAUAUACACGUGUUGUGUUCAAUGUCUUUUGCCAUAGUUUGUGUAUUCACACAACACAUUUAUUUGCGCCCUCCUUCUGGAGGACCAUAAUGUUUGUAGCUGUCCGUAGAUGUCUCAGCUUUAAUUGAAAACAAUAUUUGCUUCUUUUGAUAAACCUAUUCAAAUGUAUAAAAAAAGUUUGUAAAUUGAGCGACCAUUUGUUUUCAAUGUCAUGAAAAUAAAACAAUUUUAAACUUUU